GGAGUCUUGUCAAUCAUAUUCGAAUAACAGAGCUAUGAAGAAAGCAGUUUUCUUCAUUCUCUUGAUCCUUUGUGUUCAGCUAUGUGCUGGAUUCUUAAGCUGGUUUAAGGACCUCAAGAAAGACAAGAAACAAAAAGAAACCCCAAAGGUUCAAGAAAAAAUAGUGUAUGUUUAUCCACAAGCUCCAGAAGUUCCAAAGUCAUACGGAAAGUCAUAUGGUGGUGGUUGUGGUGGAGGCUGGGGUGGAGGCAGAAGUGGUGGACGUGGCGGUGGCCGUGGUGGUGGAGGAAGAUGUGGAUAAACGAUAAGGAAGAAUAUAAUGUAAUUUUCAGCCUUUAUCAUUAACUGUAUCCCUCAUUUUCUGGAAGAGUUAUUUUUCAUAAUUAACAGUUUUGAGAUAAAUGGAAAAAAAAAAAAAAUGAAUUUCAGUGAAUGAUUUAUGAAUUUUCCCAAAUAACUUAACUAUCCAUUAAAUGAAUCAAACAACAUUAAACAGUAUGUGCAACAAAACCAAGAAUGUUUUUUUUAUAAUAAUCUAAAAUAUCUAUUUUUUAUAAAUGAUACUACAAAUGAGCAAAUGAGCUAUAUGUUUGUUACCCAUUUAAACUUAAAUAUUUAAAAUUAAACUGCGGGUACUAAAAUUUUCUACACAAUAUUUUUUUACAGUUGUAAAAUCCCUUACCUUAGUUCAAAUGUUAUGAAACUACAAUUAUACAAAUAUAUAAAAUCUAUAAAUAACAGCUAUAAUGUCAAUUUUUAUAAGCUCAUUUUAAUAAAUAUUUUUUAUCAUCCUAUGUUUAUUAUUAUAAAAAAACCUCUGAU